GUUUUUUUUUCGAAUCUAACUCGAAAUUACUUUCAAACACCUUUCACAUAUACAUGUCUUUCUUCCAAAUCCCACGCAAAUCCGCCAAACACUCUUUUUCAUUUUCCGCCAUACCCCACAUGCUGUUGCUUUCAAGUAUCUAACUCAAUAAAUUUAAUGGCCACGAUUUUUCCUAAUAUUCCGCCUUUGACCGCCGUGUAGACCACCAUAAAUACCAUAAAUAUCACCCUCUCUUCUUCCAAUCUUCCCCUUCACUUCUCUCAACCACCCCACACCCACAAAAAAAAACCCAUUUCCUCAUUAUUUUUGGCCCCAUGUCAAGUCCCACUGAUUGGUCUCAUUUUUACUACCAAAAUCUUUCCAACCAAGAACAAGUAUCAUUCGACGAACAAGGCCACGACGCCACCGUCGUUUCCACCGUGACAGCCACUUCAAGCGGUGGUCAUUUGAGUCCUGAAGGCCGAGUUGGGAAACCAGCUCGGAAACGAUCAAGGGCUUCAAGGCGAACCCCUACGACUUUGCUUAACACCGACCCGACGAAUUUCCGAGCCAUGGUUCAACAGUUCACCGGAGGUCCGAGCGCAGUACGCUUUGCAUCGGACUCGGUUCACCUUGGUGGACCGGAUUUCGGGUUCGGUGUACGUCAACCGAAUGCUAUUAACCCCGGUUCUCUUACAGUUCCUCCGGCCGGGUUUCAGCUACAAUAUCAACAACAACAACAACAACAACAGCUUCAAUUAAUGCAACAUCAAAACCAGGCGUACAUGUUUUCAAGACUUGGGGGGAAUAAUCCUAGACUGGACAUGGAACAUGGGUCUGAACCGUUCGUUGCAGAGGGUGGUUCAUCGCAGGUUCCUCCUUCUAGAACCGGUUCCUCUAAUGAGAACACGAGUAACACUUCAGUCAUGUUUUGAGAUUCUUUUUUGGCUGAAUUGGAAAAUUGAUCCUCAAGUUAUACUUUUUUUAAUUAGGUAAUAUACUUAAAUUAGUAAUUUUGGUAAAGGGAGGCUGACUUCUUUUAAAGAAGUAUUCGAAGUAUUGUUCAUUCGAAGUUGAUUGACCUCUCAACGGAUUAGUAUUUCCUCGAAUCAAGUUAAGAUUUUGUCUCCUAAAUAGAGCUAAAGCAUCUUGUUGGAUCGAGCGCAAUGCACAACCCGAUGAUCACUUGCUAGGGUUUAAACCCAAGAUGAUCACGUUCCCUUGUUAGGUGGUUAUGCAUCAAGCAUGGUCCAUUUCGAUAAGGCGCUCCAACUCUGUUUGAAACCGUUACUUCAAGCACUCGAAUUCUUUACAGAAUUAGGAGAUAAAACCUUGGCUCAACUAAAGGAUAAUACUGAUCCGUUGAGAGGCGUGUCAGCUCUGGAUAAAUGAUGCUACAGAGAUUUCUUCAGAAAGAGUUGGCCUUCCUUCAACAAAUUUAAUCUCAUUUUACCCAAAAACACGAUAUCAACCAAUAUUUUGUGGGCCAAUUUAGUAGUUAAGUUUUUUUUUGGUCAGACAUGUUUUCUGACUUUGAGAGGGACGUAAAUGCAAAAAGAAAAAGUUAAGUACUGACUUGUCUUAACGACAAAAAUUGACCAAUGUAUUAUUUAUUUUGUUUAUUGCAUCUUUCUUUCUUUAA